AUGGAGAGAUCUAGAUCGAAGAGGAGCUAUCACUAUGACCAGGACUAUGACGGAGAUUCCAUGGCCAGGUCUACUAAACCUCGCUACAACAACAACAAUAACCACCACUUUGGCGGCGGCGGAAAUAACAGAUACCGUGGCGGCGGUGGCGGCGGAGGAGGAAAUGGCCGGUCAGCGAAGUCCCACCCGGAAACGAUGGCGACGACGACCUACCGCGUCCUCUGCCACGACGCCAAAGCAGGAGGCGUCAUCGGCAAAUCAGGAACAAUCAUCAAGUCGAUACGGCAACGCACCGGCGCUUGGAUCAACGUCCACGAGCUAUUCCCCGGAGACGUCGAGCGCAUCAUCGAGAUUUCGGAUAACCGCCGCCGCGAUCCCGACGGGAGAAUGCCGUCCUUCUCUCCCGCUCAGGAGGCUUUGUUCAGCGUCCACGACAGGAUUCUCGAGAGCGAAGCUCAGUUCGGGUACGGCGGAGGUCCGCCUCCGGAAGAGGAGGAGGAUUACGGCGGAGUGAGACCCGGAGGAGGGAGAAUCGUGACGAGGCUGGUGGUUUCGAGGCUGCACGUUGGUUGCUUGUUGGGUAAAGGAGGGAAGAUCAUUGAGCAAAUGAGGAUCGAAACUAAGACUCACAUUAGGAUCCUCCCAAGAGAAAGUAACUUGCCUCGUUGCGUCUCUAACACUGAAGAGAUUGUUCAGAUUGUAGGUGAACAAACUGCAGUGAAAAACGCUUUAGCCAUUGUAUCAUCUCGGCUAAGAGAGAGUCAGCAUCGUGAUCGGAGCAACUUCGGAGGGCGUUUACAUUCACCGGAAGGUCCAGAGCGGUCCUUUACGCCUGCUGCUGAUGAGUACGUGCCGCAUCAGAGAAGACAGUCGUCGGAGAGGUUUACUCGUGGCAGUUAUCGAAACAACAGCUUCAGCUCUCGUCAAUCCAGCUAUGCAGGAGGAGAUGUCUCUCCAGCGGUUGCAGGUGGUGAGACUGCGCAGCCUUUCUACACCGAAGAGCUUGUGUUCAGGAUUCUUUGCCCUGCUGACAAGAUUGUUAGGAUUGUUGGAGAGUCACAAGGGAUAAUAGAUUUGCUUCAGAAUGAGAUUGGCGUGGACAUGAGAGUGUCUGACCCUGUUGCUGGAUCUGAUGAACAGAUCAUUACCAUUUCUUCUGAAGAGGCUCCUGACGAUCAGCUUUUUCCUGCCCAAGAAGCUUUGCUGCACAUUCAAACUCGGAUCUUAGACCUUGUUCCGGAGAAAGACAACCUCGUAACGACGAGAUUGCUUGUUUCCUCUAGAGACUCGGUUUGUUUGGAAGGGAAAGCUGGAUCGGAGAUAUCAAGAUUAACUGGAGCAAGCGUUGAGAUCCUCUCUAGGAAAGAAUAUGCUUCUAUCAAUGAUGUUGUUAUACAGAUUGCUGGAGAGAUCAGAGCAGCUAGGGAUGCACUCGUUGAAUUGACGUUACAGUUGAGGAGUCAUAUGUGCAAGGAGCUCUCUCAAAAGGAGACACCGCCUGGUUCCACAUCAACAAAUGGGCCUCUUGAAGGUGUUGCAGGAGCAAUAGAAGUUGCUUCAUCGAACAACACAAGUCAAUCUCGUGAAGGUCUUACCGGUUUCAAUCUGAACUUGCUGCAAGCUAGCACAAUCGCUCCACAGUUUAAGGAAGGACGUGAAAGCGAACACCGGGAUGAGGUUCCUGUCACAACAAGCAGAAUGUCGGUGCCACUUGUUACUAGGAGCACGCUUGAAGUUGUCUUACCAGACCUGGCUAUUCCUAAGCUUGUUUCGAAAUCAAGAAACAAGCUUGCACAGAUCAGUGAGUGGUCUGGAGCUAGUGUAACCUUAGUAGAAGACCGACCGGAAGAAACACAAAACAUCAUUAGAAUUUCGGGAACACCAGAGCAGGCAGAGAGAGCACAGAGCUUGCUUCAAGGCUUCAUCUUGAGCAUACAAGAGGAUGGACCGUGA